GUACUGAAAAUACAUCAAGAAUGUUCUCAAGUGGGCCAAACUAUACCAAGUUGAAAACGCAUUUGCGUCUAGCAAUCAACCGGCUGAAAUUGCUAGAAAAGAAGAAAACAGAGCUGGCACAGAAGGCGCGUCGCGAGAUUGCUGAUUUUAUUGCCGCUGGCAAAACGGAGCGUGCUAAGAUCAGGGUAGAGCAUAUUAUUCGCGAGGACUACAUGGUGGAAGCGAUGGAGCUGUUGGAGAUGUACUGCGAUUUGUUGUUGGCACGUUUUGGUCUUAUCCAGCAAAUAAAAAAUCUUGAUGACGGUUUGGCAGAAGCUAUAUCAACUAUUCUUUGGGCGGCGCCUCGCAUCCAGACAGAUGUGCAGGAAAUCAAGGUGAUAGCGGACAUCUUGACAUCCAAAUAUGGUAAACAAUAUACAGAAGCUUGCCGGGAAGAAGCAAUUCAGACUAUAUCAGAAAAACUGAAGCACAAAAUGAGUGUGCAAUCACCAUCAAAAUUGCUUGUGGAGAAAUAUUUAAUAGAAAUCGCCAAGAAUUACAACGUGGAAUAUGAACCGGAUCCACAAAUAAUGGCAGAAGCCCAGGAUGCGAUGUUAAUUGACAUAGGAGGGGAAUCAAGGAACAAUCUGGACACAGCCAGUGGAGGAGGAAUACCUCAUCCUCUUGGCUUCAUAGGUUAUCCACAAGCACCUCUAUUACCCGAUCCUGGAUUUCAUUCGAGCGUGGAUUCGGAAAAAGAUACUCAUACCUUAGGAUUUGUAUCCCCAACAUCUCCACCUUCUAUUGAGAAAGAUCAGAAUACUUCUUUCAAUCCCACUACACUUUCGUACAACAUACCUCUAGAUAACGCCAAUUCGAAUAAACCCGAAGAUUUACCACCACCGUACCCGUCUGACUUCCCACCUGAUUUAAAUAAACAGUCAGAUGAGAAACCAAAACCCCAGCCAAGAUCCAAGAUACCAAUAAACAACUAUCAACUUCCGGAUCUGCCAGCAGUGCCGACAGAGAAUAAUGAUUCGCCCGCGAAUUUAUCCGUGAAUGAUGACAUUGAUUUUGACGACUUGAUGAAACGAUUCGAGGACCUGAAGAAGAGGAAGUAACGAUUAAUAGAGAGUUAAAAGUAACGUAUGUGUAAAACGUGUUAUUUUGUUAUCACUUUAUCCUCGCAAGGUGUUGUAUUUAGUAGUGCCUUGUGCAAAAAGAAAAGGUCUAGGAAAUUUAUGUCAGUCUACUAAGCUUUUGCAAUAAAGAAAAUAAAAAUAUAUAAUUAUGCUCUAUCUACGAAGAACGUGUAAU